AUGAAGGGUGCGGUGCAUACAGAUGUGCACCCGCACAAUAUAUUGAUCCAGCCUAAGGAGAGUGCCGAAACAGCUAUCGUGGAGGCUUUUUUGAAAGGCCUGGAUCCCGCAGCCGACAACGUCGGUCCCGUGCCUUUUCCCAAGGUCGAGACUAAGGAAAGGCUGUUCGUCGCGUUAACGGAUCUGGAGAGCGCACAUCUCAUCACCAACAGCGACAAACAUCACUUCAUGAUUCAGCCUCAUCACCUGCGUGCCCUAGAGGUAAUCCUGGGCGCACAAUGGGGCCCUGCAGCCGACAUUUGGAGCUUGGGCUGCCUCAUUUACGAGUGGGCGACCGGUGGGCUGCUCUUUAAAUACGAUGCCGCAAAGGGCGAUCCACAAGAGAUUCUCGGCCAAAUGGUUCGAAUCCUCGGAGACCUUCCCCCGGACCUGGUGGCAAAGGGCCGCCUCGCUAAAUCAUGGUUCAGUACCGACGGUGCUCUCAAAUCAUCGCCGAAGGACAUUGGCCUCUCCUUGGAGGCCAUGACCGUCUUCAAUCUUCUAGAAACAACUGAUUACGAACCGCCGCUCCCCGACGACUUCGAUGACCACGAACUGGCAAGCUUCAUCCAUUUUAUUUGCCAGAUGAUUUGCCUCGACCCCCAGGAGCGCUGGAGCGGGAUGGAUCUUGUCGGACACCCGUGGCUACAUUCCGCCCUUGGGUGGAUCAUCGAAGUUAUGGAAAGGAAAGAGGCGGAGCGGAGUGCAGAAAGAGUUAUCAACGCUCCGAGCAGCGACUGAUGCUCAUCAUGUAAGACGUGUAUUACACUUCGUAGGGAGUAAAAACUUGGGUUGAGAUAUCACGGACUUGAGACAAUAGUAACGAUAAAAUGAGGUUGAUUAUCGUGGCGGGCACGUAGUAUCCUUGCGUGCCAUAUUUGAAAGAUGCAGAGUGAGAGACAAAGGCCAUGUAGCGCAUGCAGUGUCAAUACACCGGGAACCAGGGAGUAAGAGCAGAUCCAGAGAGCAGUCACAUAGAAUCGUGAGACGUCAUACGAUGAGAUCCUAAGCAGCUCACGGAAUAACGACAUCGUUCACUGCGCCUUGCUACUAUCGAUGCAGUCUAAGCAGGCGAUCAAGUGGCUGCAAUCUGAAUGAGCCUACGG